AUGACUAUGGAUCCUUUGGUUAUACAAACUGUCGCCGCUACUCAAGCCAAUAAGUUCAGAAAUGCGCCUUCGAACCGUAAGCCAGGUGGACCGUUGCUGGGUGACGGCCCCUUUACCACAGAUGGGCAUAUAUGGAAGAGGUCUCGAGAACUUCCCCAACCCGUCUUCAGUCGGUCACAAAUUUCUCAAUUAUCAGGAUUGGAAUCUCACCUGCAACGCUUCCUCGAACAACACGCAGAACUACCGAGGCCAAACAGUUCUCAGAAGACUUUGACGAGGGCCUUCAAUGAAUGCUUGCCAGGUACAUCAUCCAAGCCUAAGAAUGGCUCAUCGGGAUACCAACACGUUCUUCUCAAAGAGCUCGUUAAAAAGUGUCCGGACGACAAGACUCUCAUUCGAAAUGAACUCAUGAACGUCUUUUUUGCAGCUAGAGAUUCAGUAGGAACGGUCACUUCUAGAAUGCUAUUUCUCCUCGCUAGAAGUCCUGAAAUUUGCGGGAAAUUGAGAGAAGAAGUUGCCGCUAUAGCACCUGAGCAAAAAUUGACUUUUGAGUUUCUCAAAUCCUUAAAAUAUGUGCAAGCUGUGAUUGACGAAAGCGACCAGAUCGAGUUGAAAUAUGACUGUAUGCAAAAGGACAAAGACAUUUGGGGUGAUGAUGCAUCCGAAUUCAACCCGGACAGGAUGGUUCGACUUGAACACAGUUGGAAAUUUAUUCCAUUUUCUGGGGGGCGUCGCACAUGCCCGGCCCAGCGAAACACGUACACUGAUAUGACGUACUCCUUGGUUAGGAUGGUGCAAGAGUUCAAGACCAUCCAUAAUCGAGAUGAUUGCUUAGAGUAUGUUAUGACCAAAUCCAGUCGAAAUGGAGUCAAAGUUGCAUUCUCAGUCAAGUAA